AUGGCCUUACAAGUCGUGCUCACCUCCACGCGAGCCAUCCUCACCCUCCCCGACAACAGCCUUCUACUCACACCCGCCACCAUCACCAUCUCCCCGCACACCGGCCGCAUCACCUCCAUCAUCCUCCUCCCCGGUCUCGUCGACGCCCACGUCCACCUCAACGAGCCCGGCCGCACGGAAUGGGAGGGCUUCGAGACGGGUACCCGCGCCGCCGCCGCCGGGGGCGUGACCACGGUGGUGGACAUGCCGCUCAACGCCAUCCCGCCCACCACCACGGUCGAAGAAUUCCCCGCCGUAACCCCAGAUGACGUGGCGAGCGCCAUGCGCGUCCUCCAAAACUCGCCCACGACCCUCAUCUUCGAGACCUCGGCCGUCGCCGAGAUCCUCAAGCUCGCCCCGUCCGCGCCCGCCCUGCACCUCCACAUCGUGCAUCUCUCCGCGACCGAGUGCAUCCCUUUACUGCGCAAGGCCCGCGCCGAGGGGCUAAAAAUCACGGCCGAGACGUGUUUCCACUACCUGGAGCUGGCAGCUGAGUCCAUCGAGGACGGGGACACGCGGCACAAGUGCUGUCCGCCGAUCCGGACGGAGAAGAACCGCGACGCCCUGUGGGCGGAGCUGAUGAGGCCGGACUCGUGUAUACGGACCGUGGUGUCGGAUCACUCGCCGUGCACGCCUGAGCUCAAGAUCUUGCCGCAUCGGUUGGGUGGGCAGACGGCCGCCGCCGCCGCCGCGAGCUCGACGGAGACUUUGGCCGAUUCGGCUAUCGAGGUGGAGCCGCAAGAAGAAGAAAAAGAAGAAAAAGAAGGAGAGGCGGGGAGGGAGACCAAGGUGACGCCGGGGGAUUUCAUGGCGGCGUGGGGCGGCAUCUCGUCGGUCGGUCUCGGAUUACCCAUUCUGCACACGGCGGCGCGGGAGAGGAACCUCAGUCUGUCGGACAUUGUCCGGCUCUGUUGCGUGGAGACGGCGCGGCAGGUGGGGUUGGCGCACCGCAAGGGUAGCCUCAAGGUGGGGUUGGACGCCGACGUGUGCGUGUUCGACGACACGGAGGAGUGGACGCUCACCCGGGGCGAGAUGCGGUGGAAGAAUAACUGCUCGCCGUGGGAGGGCAAGGUGUUUUGCGGGAGGGUCAAGGAAACGUGGGUGCGGGGUCAUCGGGUGUGGGAUGGGCAGCACGUCGUGGGGAAGCCGCUGGGCGAGUGUAUCCUCGAGAAGAGGCGCGUCUAA